AUGUCAUUUUAAGAUUAAAAGUUAGUUAGAAAAACUAAGCCUUCUAACUCUUUGAAUGAAGGUUAAAUGAAAUAAUUACAAUCUGCUUUUAUGAAUGAAAGUGGAGACGAAAAUGGCGAAUAUGAAAAUUAGUAAACAGCAAUAAAUCCUCAUGAACCUAAAAGAAGUAAAACGAUAAUUCAAUAAAAUUAGUCAUAAGAUUAAUCAAUGAUCAUGGAUAAUAUUAAAGUUGAUAGCGAUAAAAUUACUUUUUUGUCAGAAAAGGAUUUUAAAUUUGAAAAAAAUUGCUGGGUGUGCAAAAUUUUAUUUGGUAAAAUGAAUGAUAGAUAACACCAUUGCAGGCUGUGUUCUCAUUCAGUAUGCAAGAUAUGCUCAUAAAAGAGGGUAAAUGAUAAUAGAGUUUGCGAUAUUUGUUUUCUUAAAAUGAAAAAUGUGAAAGGAGAAAAACGUAAGAAAAAGCUGUUAGCUGCAAUGAAAAACUUCAUUAAAAACUUAUCUACAAACAUAACCAAGGGUAAUGAAGAAAACAAAAAAUUAGAAUCUAAAUGCAAGAACCUAAAAGAUCAGUCAAAGAUUGAGGAAGAAAAAAGAUAAAUUGAGUUAGAAAUAUUGAAAUCUAAGCUUGCAUAGAUUUAAAGAAGCAAAGAAACACAAGAAAAAAAAUUAAGAGAACAUGAAAAUCAAUUAGAGGUCAAAAAAGUUGAUAGAUAGCGCAGAUAAGAUGAGCUCAAUGAUUAUUAAACUAAGUAAAAGAUUAUUGUUGGAGAUAUUAAGCUCCAGCAAGAUGCCUACAAAUCAAGAUAUGACUAGCUCAAUCAAUUGUAUCAACAAAAGAAAGACUUACAAAAUCAAGAGUCAUUCCUAAGACUUCCUAACUAUGAAAGAGCUAAACGUAAUGAUCCUGAGAAUAUGUGCGAAGCUAUCAUCUUUUUAGAUAAUAAUGAUCAUAGAAACGGAAUAAAUCAUUACAACACAGUAUCCAAUAAUAAUGUUUUCUAAAGUACUUCUGACUCAAAUAACAUAGACAAACAUAAUACUAGUCAGAAUUACAAUCAACAAAAGAAUGAUAAAACUGAAUAUGCAUCCAGCUACAAUUAAGGCCUAAUGGAUGCAGAUCAUGAAAUAAUUUAGCAUAGCUCUCGGAAAAAAAAUAAAGGUGGAAGUGGUAAAAAAACUGGCACUUGUUUAUGUGAUUGA